GAUGUAUAGGGACGUGUGGGACGUGACGUGCCGUGGGGUAAUCAAAGGCUUCACUGCGAAACAUUCAAGAGAGCACGGUUACGAGAGCACUGUCGUUCCCAGUCGCUGGGUCGUGAAGUAUGAGUUUCUGUUUCUGUCAUGUUCGCCUCAAUUGUAAAUACAUAAUAACCCAGUGCAGUUUUUUCAAAUGUGAAAAAAGAUAUAGAUAAGAAUUAAAUUGUUGCUUUGUUUCACGAAUGACAAGUGAUAAGAAACGGAAAGUUUAUCACACAAUGUCGGCAUUGAAAGAAUAUGUAUGUCAAGUUUCGGCAGAGGAGAAAGCAUAUAUGGCGGAAUAUUUGAACGAAACUGACGAAAUCAGACCAAUCAAGGUCGCGGAAAUAAGACAAUGGAUCAUGGAUACCGAUGGUCUACACGCACCUACUGAUGAUUUUUCAAUCCUGCGUUUUUUAAGAGCAUGUAAAUUUAACAGUGAAAAAACGAAAUGCAAGUUGCGCAACUAUUACAAGCAGAGAACAAACCUGCCAGAAUGGUACAGCAACAGAAAUCCAUUUCUACCAGAAUUGCAGGAACUCUUUUAUCUUGGGGUAUUUUUACCUUUAAAGAAAUUGGAUAACGAGGGAAGGAUGGUGGUAAUAAUACGCGCAGCUGCGCACACUCCCAGUAGACACAAAAUGUCAGACAUGUUGAAGGCAUCAUUGAUGGCUCUGGAUUUAGCGUUACGAGAUCAUGAACCAGUAACGAUUCAUGGUAUAACAGCUAUCUUGGACCUAGGUGAUUUUACAUACGAGCAUGUUCUUCAAUUACCUCCGAGCGUGAUUAAGAAUCUAGUUCACGCAUGGCAGGGUUGCUAUCCUGUUAGAAUUCACUCGUUGAACUUUAUCAAUGCUCACAGAUUUGUGAACGCGGUGCUGAAUAUUUUCAGAGGCUUUAUGAACUCGAAAUUGAAAGAAAGAAUACACGUUCAUUCUCGUGGUAAACUAAAAUUGUACGAAAGCUUGCCAAUUAGUAUUUUACCAAAGGAAUACGGUGGUACGAGCGAUACAAUCAAAGAAUUAAGCGAGUAUUGGAAGCGACUGAUCGAGGACAAUCGCGAAUGGUUCGCCGAAGAAGAAGAAUACAAAUUGACGUUGAUCAAGUAAGAUAAAUUGAAUCUAAUUUGUGUUAACGAGUGUGUUUUGCUUAUGCGAUCGAACAAGUAGUUGAAGCUGAGGAAAGUGAUAGGAUAAGAUUCAUAUAUUUUCUAUCUUUUAUAAACAUUUUUAUAUGGAAAAUUAAAGAAAACGAAAAU